AUGGCGUCUUGGGAUCAUCGAGUGGGUAACAGACGGGUUAUCACAAACCAACAUCUUAUUCCUUAUGUCGACGCGGAAAAGGCACCGCCCGAGACGGCCGCCGCACUCCGAACGCUUCCAUUUGAACGAAACAUUUUUAAGCUGCUAGCAAAUAGCCCGUGCACGUUUAUUCCGUUUAUGAAACUACUAUCUUCUUGUUGGAGCGAAAAUACCAGCAUUCGAGCCUCCGAAUGGCAGCUUAUCGUUCUCCGCACCGCAAGUCUUCUAGAUGCUCCGUAUGAAUACGACGUCAACGAGCCAGUUGCCAAAAUUUUGGGGUUCGACACGGAGGCGAAAUUGGCAGCAAUCCGUGCUGGAGACCUCUCUAACAGGGAGUGGUUCACAAAACGUCAUCAGCUAAUCGGACGGAUGGUCGAACAGCUAGUCCAACAGCAGAAAGUCGAUGAAUCUACCAUGAUUGAAGCCCGUGAAAUGCUUGGAAAUGCAGCCGCACUCGAGGUUUUGAUGAUCCACGGCGUAUACGGACUCCUGGCGCGACUAAUGAAUAGCUUGAAAAUCGACUUCGACCCCGAGAUUCCUGGUUUGGAGGACAUGCUUAGAAAGUACAAUGAAAAUGCAAUCGAGAAGGAAAGACAACUAGCAGCACAGGAUGCCUGA